AUGAGGUCUGGUCGACGACUUCAUGUCCCGAGAGGUCUCGCCGACUAUAUUCCUCAACCCUUCCGUGGUAUACCAGCACAUAUACCCAGGCCAAUGCAUCUGCAGAGGAGAUGCAAGGGAGCAGCUGAUCCAGUUGAUGCUUCACAGCUGGAGGUAGACCGUGCUGCUGACAUCGCUCCUAUGGCUGUGAAGGAUGUACCUGAUAUAAAUGCUGCAGACCUUGCUAUCAAGACUGAGCUGAACACCUUUAGAUUGUACCGUGUCUAUGCAGUCAAACCCCAGAAGGAUCCAGAGGAUGAAACCACCCUGGAUACGUUGUGCGACUCACUCACUCUAGCUACUGCACCAGAAACGACUGCACAAGGGCGUAGUCCUCCACACUGUUUGUGCCAAAAGUUCACAGACACUCUGCAAUACACGCAAGAUAAUUUCUUCAGCCCCUUCCUGAACACCACUACCUAUCGCCUUAUAAACUGGAUGUAUCGGCCUUCUGAUACGAAGUCCAUUGAAGAAAUGGACAGUCUCAUUCAUGACGUGUUGCUUGCUGAUGACUUUGAUGCCACACACCUCCAGAAUUUCAGCACGGUGCGAGAGCUGAAGCGGCUAGACAAGCAUUCUCAAACUUCAAAUGCUUUCUCUGCCGAUGAUGUCUGGGUUGAAGGCACUGUCAAGAUCCACUUGCCUAAGGAACACACUCGAUUCAAAUCCGAGGCUGAUGCCCCCGAGUUUGAAGUCUCCGGCAUCUACUAUCGCAGGCUUCUCAAGGUUAUCAAGGCCGCUUAUCAAGAUACUGCAGCACGCAUGUUCCACUGGAUACCGUUCAAGCUAUUCUGGUGCCCUUACUAUGACAGCUCUGAAAACUCUGACUCAGACGAUUCAAAUGCCAACGCUGGCGAUAUUCGAGUUUACACCGAGUUGUACAACUCCGAUGCCUUUCUCGAGGAAGAUGCGCACAUACGUUCUCAGCUGCAUGAGCUAAGCGAGGAUCCUAACAUCGAGAUCGCCAUUGUGCCAAUUAUGUUAUGGUCCGACUCAACACACCUAGUAAGUUUCGGGUCUGCAGCACUUUGGCCAAUAUACGCGUACUUCGGGAGCUUAUCCAAGUAUGUACACGGUAAACCCAGUUCAUUUGCCGCACACCAUCUUGCAUACCUACUGAUGUUACCAGACACAAUUCAGGACUUCUACUGGGAAACUUUCGGUAUUGCGGCCACCACUGCCGUUCUCAAAUACUGCAAACGCGAACUGAUGCAGGCCAUCUGGCUGCUGUUGCUUGACCCGGAGUUCAUGCAUGCGUACAAGCAUGGCAUACUCAUACACUGUGGCGACGGGAUCUUGUGA